CCUCUCCGGUCUUUCUCGUUUAACGUAUCGUUCGACGCGGAUCGUUCGAUCGAAUCCGAAAACAUCGAAGGGUUUUGAAGGUUGCACAAAAGUGCAAGAUGAGCGAAACUCUUCAACUGAAGGGAACCCUUCGCGGCCACAAUGGAUGGGUCACCCAAAUUGCAACAAAUCCGAAACACCCGGAGAUGAUAUUGUCCUCUUCACGUGACAGGACUCUGAUUGUAUGGAAAUUGACACGUGAUGAAACAAAUUACGGUAUUCCCCAAAAGCGACUCCAUGGUCAUUCCCACUUCAUCAGUGACGUUGUACUUUCUUCGGAUGGUAAUUACGCUCUCUCGGGAUCUUGGGACAAGACUCUCCGUUUGUGGGAUUUGCAAGCUGGUAGAACCACUAGGAGGUUCGAGGACCACACCAAGGAUGUCUUGAGCGUUGCUUUCUCUGUAGACAAUCGUCAAAUCGUUUCCGGCUCUCGGGACAAAACCAUCAAGUUAUGGAAUACCCUUGCUGAAUGCAAGUACACCAUCCAGGAGGAAGGACACAGCGACUGGGUCAGUUGCGUCCGUUUCUCACCGAACCACGCUAAUCCAAUAAUCGUAUCCGCUGGUUGGGAUCGCGUUGUUAAGGUCUGGAACUUGACGAAUUGCCGUCUAAAGAUCAAUCACAAUGGACACGGAGGAUACCUGAAUACCGUCACCGUUUCGCCUGAUGGUUCUCUGUGCGCGUCCGGUGGAAAGGACUGCAAAGCAAUGCUGUGGGACUUGAACGACGGCAAACAUCUCCACACGCUCGAGCACAACGACAUUAUUACCGCUCUGUGCUUCAGCCCCAAUCGUUAUUGGCUCUGUGCCGCGUUCGGACCUUGGAUCAAGAUCUGGGAUCUUGAAAGCAAGGAAAUGGUCGACGAACUCAAACCCGACGUUAUUGUGCCCAUGAACAACAAGGCUGAACCACCUCAGUGUUUGUCUUUGGCAUGGUCUACAGACGGACAAACAUUGUUUGCCGGAUAUUCCGACAACACUAUUCGUGUGUGGCAAGUUUCUGUAUCUUCCUGCCACUGAGUACUCUGUAAAGAUGACCAAAAAAAAAUACACAAAAAAUUUUGAAA